UUGCUCAUACCUCCAGCGUUUUGGGCUCCAGUCUUACCGUCCGUGUCCGAUUUACUCUUGCAGGGCAAAGAAAUGAGUUCGGAUAAUUAGGCACCUCUUAAUUCCCCAUAGUAUACAAGUACUUUAUGUGCGCUGUGAUAGACCUGUGCAGCCCAGCUUCGUGCCCUUUAUUGACUAGGAUAUGUUCCAGGCUCCACUGUGACUCUGACCCCAAUAAGCGGUCAGAAGAUGAAUAGAUGUUAUUUACAUUACUUUAAAAUUUUAUUAACCAGGAAGUGCAAUUACGGCAACAAUAAAACCGUAGGAAGAAAUGAUACAUACUCAUGCAUAUUUUUAACCGAAAUUCCGCUUGCCGUAGUCCACCUUUCUGUUUUUCGCGAGUGAAAACUUUCGGAUGACUACUACGUGCCAUUCCUGAAGACUCAAAAAGACGCGACAGCAGUAACGCGGCAGCAGCUGGCAGCGAGUCUUCAAUAUAGGCCCUGCAAAAUAAGUGACUCGAUGGCAGGAAGAAACGCUUACUGACAUGGAACUCUGUGAGAUGCGAAGGGUGAAUGCUCUGGAAGCCGGCCGGAGAAUGCCGUCCCAGUGGGUACGAGCAAACAGCUCUGAGAGGAAGGUGCCCCACACGCGUGUGGAGGAUGAGGCUGCCAUCCAGCAGUUGUACUCAUUUGGGAGGAAGCUGGGAAAGGGCAGCUUCGGGGUCGUCUAUGAAGCCACCCACAUGCAGACCCAGAAGAAGUGGGCCAUUAAGAAGGUCAACAGGGAGAAGGCUGGAAGUUCUGGCGUGAUGCUGCUGGAGAGGGAGGUCAGCAUACUGAAACGUGUCAACCACACGCAUGUCAUACACCUGGAGGAAGUGUUUGAAACACCAAAGAGGACGUACCUGGUGACCGAGCUCUGCGAGGGAGGAGAGCUUAAGGAGCUCCUGCAAAAGAAGCAGUGUUUCACCGAGGAGGAGACCCGGCAUGUCAUCAGCAGCCUGGCGGAGGCCAUCGUCUACCUGCACAAAAUGGAUAUCGUCCACCGGGACCUAAAACUGGAGAACAUUUUAGUCAAGAGUUACCACAGUACUGAUGGAAAUGAGAUGUUCAAUAUCAAGGUGACGGACUUUGGGCUCUCGGUGCAGAAGGGUGGGGUGGGCAGUGAGAACAUGCUGCAGGCCACCUGUGGCACUCCCGUCUACAUGGCACCAGAGGUGAUCAGCGCUCACGACUACAGCCAGCAGUGUGAUGUGUGGAGCAUCGGGGUCAUCAUGUACAUGCUGCUAUGUGGGGAACCUCCCUUCAUGUCUAGCUCUGAGGACAAGCUGUUUGAAAUCAUCACCAAGGGAGAACUUGUCUUCACUGUCCCCAUCUGGGACACUAUCAGUCAUGGAGCCAAGAAGGUUCUGUGUUGUUUGCUGAAAGUGGAUCCUGCUCACCGCAUUACGGCCAGUGAGCUGCUGAAUAACCCCUGGAUCACUGGUGACACCUCCACCCCCGAAGCGAUGCCCACCAACGUGCUGGAGAUGAUGCGUCAGUUUCGUGAUGAGCCCGAGGAGCCUGCGGUGUGGGACGGCCUCCAUGGGCUGUCGCUCAGCAGCCCCGCCCGAGAGCCCCGUCGGCAUGCAGGCGCCGGCCGCACGGGCAGCGGGGGGCUCAGUCGCAGUCAGGCUUGCCCCCCCCCCAUAGAGGUGCUUGGGCCAGAUGGAGAUUCACACACCAUAACUGCUGAACAGCGACAGAGGAUGAAGACUAUCAUAUCCUCGGCCAAUGGUGCUACCAAGAGGGCUGGAGCAGAGGGAAGGGCCUGCAGCUCUAUCUACGGAGCCAGCAAAGCCUCCAGCCGAAUGAACAGCAGAUGCAGUGGCCCCCAGGAGAGGAAUGGGGGUCGAACCGCUGCCGUGGGGCCCUCCGCCAAGCAGGCACCCUGCCCAGGGAGGGCUCCCCUCUUGCCCUGCGGGACUGGGAACAAGUGCCUCAGGCUGUCCGCCAGCACUACGACUAAAAAGGCAACGUAGAUUUUAGGAAGAAAUCCCCUCGCCACCUCAAGUGCCAAAGGAAAGGGACACCGCUGGAGAUAAAAUCCACGGUGUAGCUGUGAAGUUUCAUAGAGCACAAAUUGCAGUCAGUUUCGCUCUACUUUUGCUGUAUAGAACCCAGUGUGUUCACGAAUAUAGUUCUUUUUUUGCAAGAGUCUUACCCAACUUGGCCACUUUUGAAUGAAAUUGAAUAUAUGCAAUUUCUUUCCUCACCCACAAAACAGAUUAUGGGUCAAGAUAGUUAUCUACAGGGCUACAAAUGCAGACUGAAUUCCCAUGGUGACCUUAUAAGGGAGAGCCUUGUCUUUUAAAAUGUGACAAGAGUGGUAACUAGACCGCGUAGUGUUACAAAUUCCAGUGUACAACCCAUGGUACAGUUAGCAUUGUUUGCUGUGCCUUUGCUGGCCUCUCCCUAGUUGUCUGGGUUGACAGUAUUUAUGUGCACUGAAAAAAAAUAUAUAAUUAAAAAGAUACAGGCUAUAUUUUAUGGGUAGACUACAUAUUUUAAUGUUAACUAUUUUAAUUAAAGUAUCCAUUAUUUCAGACUUAGUAAAUUAAUAUUACAAAUGAAAAACCUGCUACAGAAGCUGGUGAGUUAGAUGAGACAAAAAUCACUGAAUAAAAUUUUAUCUCAAUGUAUUUUUUCCAGACCAAAUUUAGCAAAAACACGUAGCACUUUAAUUUCUUUAAUGUUGGGGUCAGUCUUGCACAGUUUCCAGAUGGCUGUCCAGGCUUUGGUUUUGUUUUAUAAAUAAUUCUUGAUCUGAGCACUGUUAAUAGAGAUUUUAUUUUAUGAGUUUCCAUUUAUUUAAUUUGCAUUCUCAAAACAGCUGUUUUGAUACUAAUUGAACCAAAACACAGAUCCACAACAGAAGUCUUACAAUCAGACUUGUCUGUUGUUUUAAUUUUGGUAUUUACAAAAAAAGGAUAGAGACCAUUACUUACACAAGACUUGGCAUCUGUUGUGUUCAGUUCCCUAAUUACUUCCCUUGAUGAAACAAUAGCAAAUAUAUAUGUGGAAAAUAUUAAUUCAUCUUGUACUGGAGUGAAUUCGGAGAUGGGUUCUUGACUGAUUUGUCACGUUUUGCUUGAAAAUUCCUCUAAUCUAAUUCGGUAGGGCACAGAAAGCUGAAAGGAAGACUCCGGAACUCUGCUGUUAUAGCACAGGUCUGCCACUGUACAGAGAAUAAUCCCCAGCGCCCAUAUAAUAAUAAGAGAGUCAAGCAUGACCAGAGAGUCUAUUAAAAUCCCCCAAUUCUGCACCUUGAAAUGAAUGCGCGCAGACACAGGGCUCUGUGUGUCUCAGUAGCACUGGCCACGGCCAGGGUCCGCUAAGGUGCUGUGCUUGAGCCAAUUGAGGCAAAUCACACACUGCAUUUCCCCUUUUGAGGGAUUUAGUCCAUGGCUUUAAAACUGUGUAAUGGGCUCCAUAAUGGUUUCAAAGACAGGCUGUGUCUCGUCGGAAGGAAGGGACCAGUGUGGCUCUUAGGGAGAAAGGGAAGGUCAAGAAGCAUUUCGCAGGUGUCCAGAACCCCAGCGGCACACCAUGAAUAUAAGAGAGACUCCAUAAAAUAAGCUGGCUUACAUUGUAAACGGCACCAUGCGAAAACACUGACGCAUCGCAGUUAUUCAGAGACACAAUAAGCAAGAGCAAUUAGGCUGCUUUCCUAGAGUGUCAAAGAAACUUGAUCAUAUCGGCAACAAUCUUGAGUUUGCGCAGGAAAAGUUGCCAUACAUAGACAUGCAUAGCAGGAGAGGCUGGUUGUGCAGAUCACUAGGGGGAGUCGGAGAGCACCGGAGUGAGUAUAUUUUCAGGGCCACCAUGUAGGUACUUUGUAAGUACUGGGGUGGUCGUUUAGAAAAGCGUCUUUGUUUACAUUGGUGCCAUUUUGAGGUGGCACACAUUAAGUUUAUUUUAUUUAAACUGUGACUAGUGAAUUGACAUUUCAAAACGAUAAAACUGUGUCUAUUAGGUCAAAUGUAACAUUAAUAUUUAAAAAUAGUGUUGGCACAAACUUAUAACCGACAUAGUGGAAACGGAGUUAAUGUGUAAAAUAAAAUAUUUUGCAAUGAUUCAUCCAGCCCCUCAGUUGGCCAGCUUUGGGGGGGGGGGUGCUGGAUUUGCAUUAAGUCAGUUUAGACAACCUCCUGCGUGGUUAAAGUGCUGUCAGAGAGAGAAAUGGGAUUUCAGCAUAUGGCGUUCAUUUACCCAUGCCAGAACUUUAAUUCAGGAUGGAAAAAAAACCCCAAAUUGAAUUGUGUGAGUGGAAUGUGACCUGUGGUAAAUUACCUUGGAAGCACGGAGCUGAUGAGGGUGGAAAACAUGGAAGGCGAAGGGACUAAAUAUAUAAUUAAUUGGCAGAUAAGGUGGAGGUUCACAUGUGGGCCAGCGUCGGUGGGUUUAUCGGAAAGCCUGCCGCUGAGGCUCCCAGGCUUUUCGCCGAGAUACAGGAAGCCCACAAAAGAGGAACAGGGUGUCGGUGAAAGGGCGUGUAUUUGGGAUAAGGCGUGAAGGCAGAGGAAAUUAGAAGGCGGCCAGUUGGAACUUGCUAUUCAACCCCUUUUCCCUUCCCCUGCAGUAACCUCCCUGACAGAUGGAAGUGGGGGGGGGGGCAGUGAGGGGCUUUAAAACUCCGUGGGUCCAUGUGUAUCCCACCCGUUUAAGGCAGCUCUAGCACUGAGGAUCAUCAGAGCAUGUGGGGGGGGGACAUUACCUGUCCAGUGACACGGGCGCACACUUUUUUAAAGGCUAUAGUGGCAGUAAUGGACUGGGAGAGAUUGUGCAUCACCAUCUCGGCCAGGAAACACCAUGGGGGGACCUGGGAGAUGCCUUUCAGCAGCCUUAAUGGCCCUCGUUAAUUAAUCAGCCCACGUGGAAAGUGUGAGCGUGGCGGUGGCAUUGUGCUGGAAAGGCGCUGUGGAAUAGUGAGCAGGUUGGUCUGGGGACCGUGGCGGUGACUGGGGUGAACAAAGGCAUGCAAAGUGACUGGGAAGGGAGGUAGCUAAAGGCUAAUGCUACAGCUGUCUGAGCUCUGUUUCACGAUGGGAGGCUGGGGGGGGGGGGAUUCCUGCCCUGCGCAAGUGCUGCAAACAGAUGGCAUUUUCAAAGCAAGCCUCAUCAAUCUUUGUUGACACUACUUCUUUUUUUCAAACUACUCUUAUUUGGAAUAUUUGCAAUUAUAAUACAAAAUCUCAUUUAAAUAUCAAAUUAAUUAGCGAGCACACCAGAGUAAAUGUUUUUUUUUUUUUUUAAUAAAUCCUUGUUAAAAGUGAAAAGUUCUUGCCUACGGUUGGCAGGAGUGUUAAUUUACAGUGAUGUCUAAUCCCGUGUUGCCGCACAUGAAAAGCAUCACUAUACAUAUUUUAAUGUUGAGGUGGUUGUUUUCCAAGCAAUUUUCUGCUACAGUACAUUUUUAAUUUAUUCAUUUUUAAUUUAUUGGACUUUGCAUACUUGCUCAGUAAAACUGAUCUGCAGCACCUCUUAAAGUCACAGCUUCAGAGAUUAGCUGGGGGUGGGAUCCAUCAUUUUGCUGUAUUAGAUAGAACAGUCUGUAUGGGUCAUUGUUAUUAUUAUCAUUGAUAUUAUUUCACAUUACAGUCAUUAUCACUGAUGCUUCUGCCAAAGAUUCUGUUUUUCCUAAUGAUGGCUGUUCUUAAUAAAGCAAAAAAUGGCUACAAACACAA